AUGUUGCUUCAAUGUCUUACGUCAACAUUCAUGAUAGCAUCAAACCUGUACGUUGCUUCUAUGACAUCACCGGCAGAUCCAGAGUUUUACUCGAUGACUGAGUUUAUGUUGGCAGCUCUGGCACAGCUCUGCAUGAUUUGUCAUUUCGGCAAUAGAAUCACUGAAACGAGCUCAUCCUAUAUUCGUUGCUUAUAUGAAUGUAACUGGUAUACUAGUAGCAAAAGAUUCAAGCAGUGUAUACUGAUUAUGAUGAUCCGUCUACAGAUUCCUGUAGAGAUGACUGCAGGGAAGUUUUUCCCGUUGAAUUUGCCCACAAUCAUCUCGGUUGUAAAAGGAUCCUUCUCUUAUUCAGCCAUGUACAAAGCAGUGGGUCAAAGAUAA